AUGCAAUUGGGAAGGCUCCUAAAGUGGUCUCCGGAAAACUGCUAUGCAUGGAGCAAGUAUGCAGAGUUGGAGAAAUCUUUGUCUGAAACUGAGCGAGCCAGAGCUACUUUUGAACAUGCAACUAACCAACCUGCAUUGGACAUUCCAGAAUUAUUGUGGAAGGGGUACAUUGAGUUUGAGAUGUCAGAGAAAGAGAACGGCCAGGGUUCAGACUUGCUAGAAGGUCUUGAUCAACAGAAGCAACAAUGCCUUAAGCUUGCAAGAAGGGUAUUUGAGAGAGCUCUUAACCACUUUACAACAUCUACGAUGCCUGAUCUGAAAGAGGAAAAGGCGAUGCUUUUUUUUGGUGACAUUGGUGAUGUGAAUUUGGUAUUUAAAAAGAGGCAGCAAGUAGAGGCUGACGGUACUCCUGUUGGGUAUGAGUGUAUAGACCAUCUCUUAUCUGACGAAAAAACUCAGACUACGAAUCUCAAGAUUUUGGAAGCUGCAUACAAUUGGAAGAAGCAUAGGACUACUUUUGAUCGGAUUAGCAAGAAGUGGAAGAAGCAGAGGACUACUUUUGAUUUUUAG